AUGGGGGACCCAGACCCAGAGAUGGGGGGACAGACCCACAGGUGGGGGUCCCAGCCCCAUAGAUGUGUGUGCCCCUGGACACCUGGGUCCCCUCUGCCCCAUAGAUCCGGGUCCAGCCCCAUAGGUGGGGGUCCCCCCGGCCACCUGGGUCCCCUCCCCAGUCCCCUGGGUCCCCCCUCCCCGGGCACCUGGGGCCCUUCCAUCCCUUCCCUGGCCCCAUGGGUGCCCCCUGCCCCACGGCCGUGGGUCCAGCCCCAUAGCCGUGGGGUGGGGCCGUCCCCAGACGAGUCGUGCUUCACCCCGCUCUUCGCCCACGAGGAGAUGGGGGAGAUCGUCAAGAACUUCCUGGUGGUCCACGUCGACCCCCCCGGCAUGGAGGAGGGCGCCUCCCCCUACCCCCCAGGGUACCAGUACCCCUCGCUGGAGCAACUGGCCGAGAUGAUCCCCUGCAUCCUCCAGUACCUCAACAUCGCCAGCAUCAUCGGGAUGGGGGUGGGGGCCGGCGCCUUCGUCCUGGCGAAAUUUGGGCUGCUGCACCCCGAGGCGGUGGAGGGGCUGGUGCUGGUCAACAUCGACCCCCAGGCCAAGGGCUGGAUGGACUGGGCCGCGCACAAGCUCUCGGGCCUGACGUCCUCCACCACCGACAUGAUCCUGGCCCAUCUCUUCACCCAGGAGGAGCUGUCGGCCGCCCCCCCAGCCGUGCAGAGCAGCCGGGCCCGGCUGGGGGCGACCCCCAACGCCCCCCUGCUGUGGGGCAUGUACAACAGCCGCGGUGACCUGGGCCUGGCGCGCAGCGGGGCCGGCAGCCUGCGCUGCCCCAUGUUGCUGGUGGUGGGUGACGGCUCCCCCCACGAGGAGGCCGUGGUGGAGUGCAACGCCAAGCUGGACCCCACCCAGACCUCCUUCCUCAAGAUGGCGGACGGAGGGGGGCAGCCCCAGCUCAGCCAGGUGAGGGGUCAAAGGUCACCAGCGCCAACGGGGGGGACGUGGCUUAAGGGGGAGGGGGCGUGGGGCGUGGUCUUGACCCCCCCCCCGCUGACAGAGGCCUUCAAGUACUUCCUGCAGGGCAUGGGCUACAUGGCGGCGGCGGCCAUGACGCGCCUCUCCCGCUUCCGCACCGCCUCCGUCUCCAGCUCCGCCUCCGGGGAGGGCGAGCGGGGCCGCAGCCGCACCCUCUCUCGGGGCAGCCUGGGGGGGGCGCCCCCGCCCCAUAGACCCCGCCCCGCUUUGG